AUGGAGCUGGUGGCUCGUUCUUCAGCGGCGCAGCCGGGUCUGGAACUGCGCUUUACCCCGAUGGGUUCAAGCAGCAAUCGGCCUCAAGAAAUUGAAGAGGGAGAAGCUGGGUUUGCUUUGUUGUUUCCCAAAAUCGAUGGGGUGAAAAUCCACACCUUCCAUUUUUCUAAAGACUCAAAGAACAGGGUCUUUGAUGAAAGUAAAUUUGCCGACGCAGGUCUGAAGAACAACCCAGAUCUCCGGGUGGUUCUGCUGUUUGGCUACAAUUCCUGGAAGGCUGGAGCGACUCGAUUUCUUCAUCAAAUAGUCAAUCCCUUGAAUGAGAAAAGUAUCAUCCUGGCUGGGGGACAAGUGGAGAGCUUCACAUCACUGACCUCUGAGAACGCCAGCGCCCAACCCGGUGAUGCCUGCGGCGUGGUUGGGCUGGCGUUCAGUGGCCCCCAGAUCCAGAGUGCCACCGUUCUGUUGGACCAGGACGUCGCUGACGAGAGGACGGCAGAAGCCGCCAUGCAGCGUCUCAAAGCAGCAAACAUCCCCGAGCGCAACACCAUUGGCUUCAUGUUUGCGUGUAUCGGCAGAGGAUAUCGGCAUUAUAAAACCAAAAGGAAUAUGGAAGCAGAUGCAUUUAGGAAGUUUUUUCCAAAUGUUCCCCUCUUUGGCUUUUUUGGACACGGGGAAAUAGGAUGUGAUCGAAUAGUUACUGGGAAUUUCGUAUUAAGAGAAUGCAAUGACAUAAAGGAUGACCUGCUUCAUGGUUACACUACCGUUAUGACUCUUAUUCAUCUUGGUUCAACUAAAGCAAACCAAGCGUAA